AUGAACACGACGAGUCUUGUGAAUGUCACAGCUGCCGAUUUUCCAACAAUUCCAAACUUUGAUUUUGUUGCGGUUAUGGAUCAAUUGGCACAGAUAUGUCCUCAGGCGAAUCUUCUAAAUUUGGCAAUGAGAAGUCAGCAAGUUCCAUUAUCCAUGUCACUCUUAUCCGUACCUCAAUCAGUCCAUUCUGAUUCAAAAGAAACUUCUAAAAAGACAAUUUUGCAAUCAGCAAUCGCUCAACAACUUCAUCAUCCAAAUAUGGCUUCUGUUGCUGCAGCAGCUGCGCCAGUGAAUAGCUUGAAUGCCAUGGCAAUUUCUAAUUUAUUAUCAACAACAACAUCAAAUGCAUAUGUUUCAUCGUUACCUUCUGUUCAACUAUCACCGUCACUUAGUCCAACAAUCAGAGCUCCAUCAUCACCUGAUAUCAUUUCAUCACCACAUCGACGUAAAAGCUCAUCGGAGAUAUCUAUUGAGGAUACAGAAGCUGUUCAGCACAAGUAUCUAUCAUCUAGAUAUUCAAAUUUCUUAGUUGAUUCACUAUUGAAUCGUACUAAUCUAGAUCAAACUGAUCGUCGAAAUAGUUGUCGCAAACAGAGAACCAUUUAUGGAGCUAAGCAGACGAAAGUCUUAGAAGAAGCAUUUUCCAGUCAAAAAUAUAUGGUUGGAACAGAACGAGAAGUAUUGGCAUGCAAGUUGGGCUUGACAGAAGCUCAAGUUCGUGUAUGGUUCCAGAAUAGGAGAAGCAAGCAACGCAAGAUACUUCGAAGUGAAGAGGAACGACGUCAAAUCAACUAG